AUGGGGAGUCUUCUCUCUCAGAUGUAUCCACCUGAGAUGAAACGAGUUAAAAUGGCUCACAUGAGUUCAGGCAAUGGUGUCGGCUUGGAACUUUUUCAAUUCAUUGAUCCACCAACACGACGUCCAAACACGACCAGUUUCGAAUAUUCUCGGGCUGGGUUGUUUCACAUUUGUGUGACAGAUCCUGAACCUGAAAAUUUGGUUCGUAGGAUUGUAGCGACAGGUGGCAAACAACUAAGUCCUGUUUUAACAGUAUUUCCUAGUGAGAUCUAUCAAGCUGUCUAUUGUCUCGAUCCAUUUGGAAAUCUUGUCGAAGUCAUGGCCACUUCUUACGAACGCCAGAUGAGUAAUCGAGAUCCUAAAGUGCCAAGUCAAAUGCGUGGUUCCACGAUCAUAUCUUCAUCAAAAUCAUAA